CGAGCAAUGUUUUCCCCUAAUUCACAGUCAGUAACACACAACCAUGUUUCCUACAGUCAACUUGCACCGCUGUCUACUCCGUGUUACUCUGAGCCUGGUGCUUCUAAGUGAAGCUGCCGUCACAACAGCAAGCAGCGAGGGGCCCAGUGUUCGUGAAGCUCGGUCAGUGGGAGGCCAAGUGGCAGCUCAGGCGUUGGACUGUGUUUUCUCAGAGUGGAGCGCAUGGUCACGCUGUGACACAUGUCAGAAGAAGAGAUACCGCUUUGCUAAGCUCGAUCAGCCUUCUCAGUUUGGAGGGGAGCCGUGCAAUUUUCACGACAGGGAGGAAGAGGCUUGUAGUGUUCCGGACCGCUACACCUGCGACAGUGUUCCUCUCUGUGAGGGGUUCCUCUGCACCCAAACAGGCCGCUGCAUUCACAGAACUCUGCAGUGCAAUGGAGAGGACGACUGCGGGGACAUGUCAGAUGAAGUCGGCUGUAAGAAGGUGCCCAAGCCCUGCAGGCAGGAAGCUGAGGAGUACUGGGGAAUUGAAAACCUCGCCAAAGGGAUCAACGUCUUGAACAGUAACCUGGAGGGACUGGUCCUUGAUAACAGAUACUACGCUGGCAGCUGCCUGCCCCAUUACAUCCAGGACGUCAGAUUCAGGAAGCCUCACAACUUACAACAAUACACUCUACAGACAAAGGGCUCGUAUGAUUUUAAUCUGCAGUCUUUCGAGUCAUACUCUGACUACAUGGACUACACACGGAAAGAGCGCAUGACCCAGAUCAGUUUUUCCUUUGGCUUUGCCAUCCCUGGUGUGUUUGAAUUUGGCUUCAACUUCAAUAAUGCCAAAACCACCAAAUCGAUUCAGAAGAUUCGCCGUGCCUCUGGCAGGGUCAACAGCUUUGUGAGAGCCAAAGCAGAACUGGAGUUGGCCCAGUACAUGCUGAAGUCGGACGAGCUGAUGCUUCACCCUGAGUUCCUGCAGCGCCUGCGCUCCUUGCCUCAGUCCUACGUGUACGGAGAAUACAGAGCGAUCUACAGAGACUACGGCACCCACUACAUCACAGAGGCCGCCCUCGGCGGACAGUAUGAGCACACCAUCAUUCUGAACAAGGAGAAGCUCGAGAAGACAGAUUAUUCUUUGGAGGACUACAAGACCUGCACACAGGCAGGCCUUAAGGUUGGAGCCAACAUAUAUGGAGUGUACGUGUCAGCUGGGGUUCAAGGUGGAGCCUGCAACGGCCUGUUGAAUGAGAUGGGAGAGGACACGGUGGCGGGCAGCUCAGUGGAGGACUUUGUUGCUGUGGUGCGAGGUGGCAGCAGUGAAUCCAUCACUGCUCUGGUGUCCAAAAAACUUCCGACCCCACAGUUGAUGAGGCUUUGGGGUGAAGGAGUGCGCUACAACCCCGACUUCAUUCGUGCAACAACCCUGCCGCUGUAUGAGCUGGUGACCUCCAGGGAUUUCACCCACGAUGCCUCUCUGAAGAGGAACAUGAAGAGAGCGCUGUCCGAGUUCCUGACGGAGACGAACUCGUGCAGAUGUGCUCCCUGCCGCAACAACGGGGUGGCCGUGUUGAGAGGCACGAGGUGCGACUGUGUGUGUCCUGUUGGUUACACUGGACGGAGCUGUGAGAUCACUCAGAGGCGAAAAGACAUAGGCAUCGAUGGCAGCUGGAGCUGCUGGGGUGCAUGGUCGUCCUGCAGCGGGAGAACAAUGUCAAGGAGUCGACAGUGUAACAACCCAGUGCCCAGCAAUGGAGGCGCGGCCUGCUCAGGACUGCAGCAAGAGUCUACUGAAUGCUGAAUGUCAACGGUGACAUAAAUAUUCAUGUCAUAAAUAAACCUUCUAAAAGCGA